AUGGAAGCGCUCUUCACAUGGCUCGCAUCUUCCUGCCUUUGUGAUGUGCAAUCGCCGGAAGGCUACGCUCGCGAGCCAGACAUUGUGAUCCGGGACAAUCCCAAGCCCCUGCCAGUUGAGGCUAUGAUGCAGCUUGCUCCGCUGAUCUCAGUUCAGGACUUUUCCCAGCUUCGCGCCACGAGCCGCCAGCCUACAAGUGCUGGUGAGAAGGCCUUCCAAGAGCUGAUCAAGCUGCCAGAGAAGAGGCGCCAACAAAUUCGAGGAGUGGAACGCGUACGUUCCGUGGAGGAAUGGGCCGAGAUUGCCGUGACCAAGGCUGACUACAGCUGGCACGGAUUUAGCACGCAGGGCGUGAUGAAUGACAUCCGCGGAAAACCCGUGGUCUUCACCAAGCGGGGCUCCAUGUUUGAUGGGUGGGCGGAGUAUUUCCUGCUGGCUUCACCAGCAGAGCUCAAAUCCGCGGACAUUCUCUUUGCCAAGCCCCGGAGCUACAUGUAA